AUUGAGAAUGUGCAGUGUGAGGAGAAGGAGAGCAUGACUGGCCUGGAAGCAGAUAGAGCAAAUUAUAGAAAAAGAUGAAGGGCCCUAUUACACACACCUCGGGACAGGACCAAGUGUGGCUGCUGUGAGAGAAAUUAUGGAGAACAGGUAUGGAGCAAAAGGAAGUGCUGUAAGAAUUGAGGUGGUGGUUUAUACAGGAAAGGAAGGAAAAAGCUCUCAGGGGUGUCCAAUUGCCAAGUGGGUGAUCCGGAGGAGCAGCGACGAGGAGAAGCUGCUGUGCCUGGUGCGUCAGCGCGCGGGGCACCACUGCCAGACGGCCGUGAUCGUGAUCCUGAUCCUGGCCUGGGAGGGCAUCCCGCACCUGCUGGCAGACACGCUGUACGAGGAGCUGAGGCAGAGCCUGCGCAAGUACGGCUGUCCCACCAGCCGCCGCUGCGCCCUCAACGAAGAUCGUUCUUGUGCAUGUCAAGGACUUGACCCAGAAACUUGUGGAGCAUCAUUCUCAUUUGGCUGUUCAUGGAGUAUGUAUUUCAAUGGCUGUAAGUUUGCCAGGAGCAAAAACCCCAGGAAAUUUAGGCUUCUCACUGAUGACCCUAAACAAGAGGAACUUCUUGAAAACAAUUUGCAAACGUUGGCUACUGAUGUGGCUCCGGUUUAUAAGAAGCUUGCUCCAGAAGCUUUCCAGAACCAGGUGGAAAACGAGCACAUGGGCCCCGACUGCCGGCUGGGCUGCAAGGACGGCCGGCCCUUCUCGGGUGUCACCGCCUGCAUCGACUUCUGUGCCCACGCCCACAAGGACACGCACAACAUGCACAACGGCAGCACCGUGGUGUGCACCCUGACCAAGGAGGACAACAGGAGAGUGGGGGUGAUCCCGAGCGAUGAGCAGCUGCACGUGCUGCCGCUGUACAAGAUCUCCCAGACCGACGAGUUCGGCACCGAGGAGGGCCUGGAGGCCAAGAUCAAAGCCGGAGCCAUCCAGGUGCUCACAGCGUUCCCCAGGGAAGUGAGGAUGUUGGCUGAGCCUCUCAGAGCUACCAAGAAAAAGAAACCAGACACAAGGAGGACCCCGAGUGAAAAGCAGCCAUUAAUAGAUAAAAAGUAUUCAACACCAGUAAAACUGAAAACUGAAGCCCCAGAAAAUCUUGGCAACGCUUUGCAUUGUUUAGGGAACAAACCAGAUGCUUUAAAACCUGGAAUAAAAAUGGAGCCUUCCAACCACCUUUAUGCCAUGAAACAUACUUCAAACACUACUAAAAAUUGCUCUUUACUGAAGCAGUACACGGCCUCCUCCCCCUUUAAGGUGGAUGGUUUACAUCCUUACCCAUCUCUCACACACAAGUCUGGCCUAACUGCAGUGACUAACAUUCAGCAGGAUUUUUCAGUUCCCUACGGGUAUUUUGAAUGCAGUACCAAGCAACCUCACGUGCCACCUUAUGUUAGCUGCAAGAGCUUUGAUGUGUCAGUGAAGGAUUAUACUGGAAUUGUGCUGGACGAGGAGGUGAACGGCGUGCCGCCCGUUCUGCCCGAGGUCACUGCUCCAGGCGCCCCGGCCCACACAGAGCCCCUGCCCACAGUACUUGAACAGCAGCCAGACAGACAGAGCUGCCAGCUUCAGCUGGACACCUGUGUCCCCCCAGAGCAGGUCAGCUCCUGUGACCCAGCGCUCCCACCCAGCUCCUUGGCACAGGAUGCCCUCGGACCUGCGGCCGACUGCUCCCAUGGGUGCCCUGUGGAAAAGGGCAGCUCCCAUGGGGGACAGAGCUGUGACUUGGACUGUGCUGAUGUAAAGCCAAGCAGUGCACUGGGACAGGCAGCUGAUUCUGAAGAAAAGGCUGAGGAGUUAUGGUCAGACAGCGAGCACAAUUUUUUGGAUGAUGACAUUGGUGGGGUUGCUGUGGCCCCUUCUCACGGUUCUAUCUUAAUUGAAUGUGCGAGACGUGAGCUCCACGCUACCACACCGAUCAAAAAACCCAACCGCAAUCAUCCCACCAGAAUUUCUUUGGUUUUCUACCAACACAAAAAUUUAAAUGAGCCAAAACAUGGUUUAGCCAUGUGGGAAGCAAAGAUGGCCGAGAGGGCACGAGAGAAAGAAAAGGAGGCGGAACGAGUGGGAACGGAGAACGCCGAGCUGGGCUCCAGCAGCAGGAAAGCAAAGCAGCCAGGUGAAAACAGAGAUAUCUUUUAUGAAGACAACGAGUUCAACCAAAUUCCAUCCCGCAGAGCACUGACAGUGACCAAGGACAACGUGAUCACGGUGUCCUCGUACGCCCUGACACGAGUGGCGGGGCCCUACAACCACUGGGCGUAGCGUGGGCUCACACAGAACAGGCCUCGUGUCCUUCACUCUUCGCUCAUCUCAACCAUUCUAAGGCUGAGGUAAAAACAAAAAAAGGGGGGGAUUUCUUCUUAAACUGUGACUUUAACAUUUGGUGGUGCUCAAGCACAUUUUAAGCAAAAAAAAAAAAAAAAAAGUUGUAUAGUUUUAAUACAUUCUAAAGAAAGAUUUUGGUUAGGUUAUUAACCUUGAUUGAAUCAUUCAGUUUAUUACCUUUAGGAAUUUAUAUUUUGGUGCUUUAAAUCGUGUGUUUACUACAAAAAUCAUUUAUAGCUAUUUUAACAGGUUCACAUUUUAUGGUGUUAAAUCAAGUUAUACAGUUAUAGCUCUACACAGCUCUUGGUGCUUAACCACAUCAAACAGUUAAAAAUAAAUAAGCUGAAUUAUUACUUCAUGGUGCCAUUGCUUUAACAACUUCCAACCAUUGCUGUAUAGUCCAAAUUACAGACCAAUCUUUUAGAAAACCAACUAAUUUUGUUCUUUAGAUUCGUCAGUAGAAUGAAGUUAUUGGUAAUGAUGGCUGGAAGUUGUUUCUAAGCUGUAAAUAUAUAUUUUAAAAGCACUUUCUAUUUUUAAAAUUAACUUGAAAUAGUAUAGUAUAAGGAUCAUAUUGUCUAAGGUUUGUGCAUACUCUACAGAAGGAAUGAUUUUGUUCUUGCUGUGCAGAGUUCCAUGGUGUUACAGGUGCAGGAUGUAUGCUGACAGCAUAUGUGGUUGUUUUCAACUUGCCCUUUUUCACUGAAGAUUUUAUGUUGCAUAUAAACAAGCAGUUAUGAAUUAUAGAACCUUUUUAUUCUUUUCCAAGAGAGUGUACAAACGUGGAAGAGGAGAUGUCUGGUCAAUCUGUGUGUUGCUAUUGGGAGUUAUGAAUAUUUUCUGGUUUUUUAAGGCAGCAUUUGUUAUGGUUUCUAUGAGCAAUAAGUGCAUCAGUCUCAUUUGUUUCCAGCCUUCUAAGUUAACAUGGCAACCAAAUGUUCCUAAUGCUUCAGGGGUAGGAUUGUUUUGGGAUAAAAAGCUACCCCCUAGAGUUGCCUUAUUCUAUUCUGAUAGAAAAGAAAAAAAUAAUUUGGGAAAAAUACAAAGGAAGUGUUGGAAAACAAUCAAAUUUCUAAUAUUUAGCAGCAAAGUUUUUGCUAAAAAUUACCUAUCUGUUAUAUUCACCUGAGUUCAGUUUUUUUACAAAAAUGUUUUGUAAAUUUUUGAAGCAAUUUAUACAUUUGACAUGGAAAAGGUUGCAUCCUUCCUUGAAAUUUAUGUUCUUCAUUUCUGUUGAGAAAGUGACAUAUCACAAAAGGAGUAUUUGCUAAACCAGAGGAAAAACAGACACUCCAUUGCUUUUAAAUACUGUAGCAUCCCACUCUUCUUUCUGAUUCUCCUCUCCUAUGUAUUUCUUGUUUAAACUUAUUUAUUGAAUCAAAUUACCAAAUGCCAACAUAGCUGAGGACUGACCUCAUCCUGCAGCUUCUUCCACGUGAGCUGGCUGGGGGCAGGAGGAGCCCUGGCCCAGGGUCCCUGGUGCUGGUCAGCCACGGCCACAGCCACAGCUGUCCCCUCGGCCUGCAGGCACAGGGCUAAUCACAUACUUGACACAGUUAUACUGCAGUGGUGCUGUCCAGAGGAGUAUCAGCUGUCUGGAUCUGCUUCAUUUCAAGACAAGGUGCUUUUCCCCAGAGGAGCUGAAGUGCAGGAGCUCCCUUGCAGUUUGGUACGAGGUGCGUCGGUGUUUGACACGCAGAGCCAGUCAGGACCUUGGUGCUACAAAUCCUUUGGUGCAGGGCAGAUCCAGGAGACUCCUCUGGAGCAAGGGCUGCAGCAGCAAUCCCUGUGGCAUGAUCCUGGCUCCAGUUCUGCACAUUCCUGGCCAGGCUGACAAAGCUGUUCAUGGCAGAGGGUGGAGGAAUUGAACCAGUUCUUUGGAUCUUACCUAUUUGAAGUAAAACCUGUAAAAACCGGCUAUGCUGCAAAUCUUAGUUCAAAGCUUAAUAUUAGUUCAGAUAGAGGAUAUGAAGGGAUUGUAAAUAAUGAUGAAACAGAACCAAUAUUAUGGCAUUGUUUUGUACCAGCAGUUUUAUGCUUAUUGACUAUGUAAUAUACAGUAUUCAUCAAAUCAUUAUGGUAUUUUGUGUGCCUUAGAUUUCCAUUUCCAAACUUGUAUAUUUUUGGUGAGCCGAAGAUGAGUAGGAAUUGCAGCUGCCCAUGCAGUCAGUGGUGCUGUACAUUCCACAGCUGCUCAGCCAUGUUCUUGUCCCACCAUGCAGAGAUUCAUUUCUUGGUUUCACUGAUAGCCCUGACAGCUUCAGUUUCUGCAAUGCUGUAAUUCAGCACUCUGGUGUGACAGAUUUCCUACACAAAGUUGGUAAGCUACAGAGCCAUCUCUACCUUUUAAAAUGUUCAUACCAUUAAAGUGGAUCAUUUUUACUUGAAUCUUCUCCUGCAAAUUCCCACAUUUAACUUACUGGAAACUUCAGAUUAAAAUGUUCCAUUGAAAAACCAGCAGCUUCCCUCUAAGAAGUGAGGCACUGAAAGGUGGAUCUAAAAGGAUCCCUUCAAACAGGUAGCCCAGCUCUACCUUUUUUUGAAAUGGCAAUUCUAACAAAGAAAUGUGUAUCUUAACAUAAUUAAUACUAUUAACUGAUAGGUGCUAAAGUCACAGUUACUACUUCAUUAAUGUUACUUACAUGACAGAAAUGUAUCACCCACACAAUAGCAGAUCACCCACGGUGCUCUUUCCUUGGCUUUCACCUAAAUUGCUUUUUCAGCAUCUCCUGCCAGGCAGGUUGGGCACUUCCACUUCCUGCUGUGCUUUGAGGAGCUGAUCCUUUCUGUUCUGUACUGCAGUAUAGGAAAUGCAAAUGUUUACUGCUUCUACAACUCUGUGCUAUUUCUUGUAACACUUCAGGAUAUUUAUCAGUCUUGUACACAAAUUGCAUUGUUUUCAGUAAGGUUAUCAUUUUAUAACAGUGUUUAUCUCUUGAAAUCUUCAACUCUGUGGGUCUGUUCUUUCCUUUGCAGCCCACACAACCACUUGUACUUUGCUCUUGGGUUUUAACCCAAGUCCUUCUUGGAUAGCCAGACCAGGAGCUGGAUCAGAAAUGAAGGUAGCUGCCUUGGUCAGACCUGCAUGUUCUAUUUGGUUUCCAUCAGCUGGCACAAUGUUCUGGGUGGAAAACCUGCCCAUGGGUUCAGCGUGGGGUGUGCUUGUCUCUGGAUCAAUUCUUACAGUGUGCCAGGAAAAACUGUCAGGAUCCAGCACAGGGCACCUCUGCCUUGCCAGAAUUGUGUCUCAUCCCUCUGUCCCCUGGGGCCAGUCCCACAGCCCCACCUGCACUGGGAGGGAGGAGCAGGGCUUGUUUGGCUCCCUGAGGGACUCCCUGCACUUGUGUCCAGUUAAACAGUGAAUUUACUGAUUGUUCACAUGCUGGUGUAUUGGGGAAAUAGAAAUAUUUCUAUACAUACUUUAGUCACAAGAUCCAAGAAGCUUUUUAACUACUUACAAAUACUUGCAGCUUCCAACCUGUAACAGUUAUAUUCAGAUUUUUUUAAGGACUUUCUAAGAAUCCUAACUGCUGGUGAAAGUCCUUGUGUUACCUAUGACAGUGCUCCUCUAGAUGUAGAACAGAAAUAACUGCAGUUAAUCUGGAGCAACAUUUUAUGUUAAGCAUGGCUAAAUGACAACUUGUCUAGUACUCAAGAUUCUACCAUACAACUGUAUGGGUUUUUUAAAGACUUUUUUAAUUUCAUUGCAGUAUUAACUGAAUAUGGUGGAUUAAAUCUGGGUCCUGUUCACAGUGCUGCAGCCCUGCUGACUCCAAAGGGCUCAUCCAUGAGGUUUUCAAUUGGAUGGAGGUGGGCAACAGUGGACCAACAUUUGUGCCCACUCAGAGGUCACUCUUGCUCUUUCACUUCCCAUGUAGCUUCUCUAAUGUUGAAAUUAGCUCCAUUUAUCAAGCAGUCACCAGCUUUGUGAUCCAUUUAUACAUCUGGUUGUUCCUUUUCCAUAGAAAUCCUGUCAUUUCUAGGCUAUCAGAAGGAGAUGGCUGUGCUCUCAGAUAGAGAAAACUCAAUUGCAUGGCCACUUGCAUGCUUGGUGUGUGUUAACACCAGUCACAUUCAGGCAGUGUGGGACCAACUCCUUCUGGCUGAUUGUGGUCACUGAAAUUCAGCUUAGGGUCUGUGUGAUGUGUGCUCCAUGGAAUUGGGUUUGAUCUCCUGUGUGAAGGGUCUGCCAGCUGUGAGCUGGGAUGAGCUGCUCUCAGUAGCAGUUAGGGAUGAGGAGCAGUGCAUCACUUUUGGGAAUUCCUGCUUUAGCAGGUGUUGAUGGGACUUACACGGGGAGGUGUGGAGGGAAUGUCUUUGUAUGGCACUGCCCUGCAAUGUCAGUGUCACAGCACUGCUCUGGCCAGUGAGGUGUUUCAUGGUGGGUAUUGGGUACAAAUUCACCCCUUUCCACAGUUCCUCCACGGGCAGAAAUCUCUCCUUUGGUCUCUGCCUGCAUAAUCUGGUUUACAAAAGCACCAGAGGAGGGAGAGAGUUGGCCCCCAUUGUCAAUGUGCACACACACACAAGGCAGCAAGUGCUGCUGUCAUGGGCAGCCUGCUGCCCUCUGCCCCAGCACAGGGAGCACAGGGAGCACAGAGAGCACAGAGAGCACAGGGAGCUGCUGUUGGUGCUGCUGCUGCUGGAGCUGCUGCUGCUGCUGGUGCUGCUGCUGCUGCUGCUAGCACUCCAUGGUCUCCAAGGUCCUUUCCAGCCUUGGUGGUUCUCUGCACAGCACAGCUAAAUCACAGGCAAAGCUGUGAAGGUACAGCUGGUUUUUGAGUCAGCCUUCUGUGUACAUGUAGUUACCACAGUACUUCUUGAUACUGACACUUCUUUUGGCCAUCUGACUUUAAAUUCAGUAGCUUAUUUUGUCUGUGACACACUUAACAUUCUCCUUGAAUCUAAACAGUGGCCAGUGUCAGCAGUCUAGAGGAUGUGGCUACUUACUCUCAGCAAUUCAGGAAGUGGUUUCAGUCUCUUCUGGGAUUACCUGAUGUUUAGCCAGCCUUUACAAGUUGUCCACAUUCUGCUUUAGGAUGUUGCUACAAAAUUAUAAUUACAACAAGGAGGGAGUUUUACAUUUGAGGUUUCCUGAAAGGCCAAGGAUUUCUAAUAGAACCUGAUCAGGCACCAGGCUACAUAUGGAUCACUUCCCCUAAGGAGUGGUUGAAUAUGUGCUGUGUUUGUACUUCCCUGUUAAAGCCUUUCUGGUGCUUUUAGAGAACAGGCAGAACUUUUUAAUACUGUCACAUUCUUGACUGAAUUAUGAAGCCUUAGUGCUACAUGAUGUUGUGUUGUGUCCCUGAAAAACACUUCACGUGGCUGGUGUGGAUUAGUGGGUACCACUUUUACUCUGUGCAGCUGACACUGGAUUCUCUGGCCACCUUUCUCCAAGCUCUUUCCAAACCAUCAGCUGUGCUCAGUUAUUGUCACCUGCUGCUGAAUGCUUGCAGUGCUUGUAACUCCUUCAAGGGUUUCUCCCUUCACAGACUGGUUCAGCCCUGGGCAUGAGCAGCACUAACGCUGCCAGCCUGCCCGUGAGCCCCUGCACUCUGUCCUGCUUGGAGUGCAAUCAGCCACCUCCACCUCAGCAGUGUCACUGAAGCCCCUGCACUCUGUCCUGCACACUGAAAUCAGCCACCUCCACCUCAGCAGUGUCCUAUUGAGCUGUUCUCCUUGGACUCUCCCCCUGAAAUCCAUUUAUUUUAUAUCCUGGAACAGGCUGCCCAGAGAGCCUGGGGAUGUUCCAUCCCUGGAAGUGUCCCUGGCCAGGUUGGACAGGGCUUGAAGUGACCUGGUGUGGUGGAAGGGGGUGGAAGGAGGUGAGCUGUAAGGUCCCUUCCAAGCCACACCAGUCUGAUUCCUUGAUCUUGUAUUCUGGAUGUGACAGUUCCAGGGCUUUUACUUGACAUUUUCUCAUACAGAGCCUAUUAUAGGUGGGAUUUUUUUAAUGUCCAGUUCAUAAUCUGUCACAGUCACUGUUUUCUUACUUUUUAAAAUCAAAUAAUCAGUUUUCCAGUUAAUUUUCAGAUUUUUUUUGGUGUAGUUGUUACAAUCUGUUCUUGUAUCUGCAAGUAGCCAAACAAAAGAGACUUUGCAAGACUUUGCAAAACCAUCAUCCCCUGAGAAGGAAAAGCCAUUCCUUCUCAGAGUGUAGGAUUUCUUCAUGUGGGUUGCAUCUCUGAGUCCUCUUGUCUUUUGAGUCACUUUUAACAGCUCUGCUCCAUUCCUGACACCAGACAGCUGCUGCAGCCCUGCAUGAUUGCAAGAGCAGGAGUGUUUCUUUGCAUCUUCUGUAAACCUUAGCUCAGUCUUUGUGAGAUAUCCAAUGUAUGUUAAAUGCCUGAACUAAUACAGGACUGCUUGGAAAAAAAUGUUCUUCCUCUGUGGCAAAAAAUGGAAUUGAAGGAGCUUGAGAAGAAAAGAAGGUGGUUACUGCCUUUUACUAGAGGGCAUUGAGGUGGCAGCAUUGCUGUUUCUUUGUCUCUCUGAGAAUGAGGACUUUGGGAUUUUUUCCAAUCCAGCUCCCAGUUCACCAUCCCAACAAUUGCUCAUGGUGCUCAACCCUGUACUGCUGAGCUUCAGUUGUAAAAGGUACAAGUUGUUUCUUGGUGCUGUACCCUUAAUUCCUCCAGACAGUGUAUUUCCCUUUCUUCUGCUGGGCCAUACAUAUGGCAUUUUCCACACACUUCUGUUCCAAUGCCAGCAUCUUCCAGCAGCAUCCCUGCAGUGGGUGCAGGGCUGGGGUGCUCAGUACCUGAGGGUGACAGGUCUGGUGUGACACCAAUGGUGCUUUUGUCCACAGCCUGCUCCCCUUGCAGACAUUGCUCAGCUGUGGGCAGGGCAGGGUGGCACCAAACUCCAGAGUUCCCCCCAGAGCAGCUGAGCUGUGCCCCUGUUGGUGCCCUGGGGCCAGGGAGCUGCUGCUCUGGGUGUUCAGUCGUGCAGUUGUUGUCACAGAACGUUUUAAUGCUGUCGUGGGAAGUUUUGUGACUGAUCAAUAUUUUACAUGUGUAUCUGUAUUUUUGUUAUAUUGUAAUGGGAAAAGGGUCUAGGGUUGGGGAGUUGUCUUAAAGCAAGAAUGGAGGCCCUGAUUCUCAUUUGUGCUACUGUCCUUUGCAUUGCACUGGGAGGGUGAAGGGGCCCUAAGUGGAGCUCACUUUGGCUUACAUCCUUUGGGGUAUCCACCACACUGAUCAGAGCAUAAAGGGGCAGUAGUAUAAAUAAAAGCAAACAGUCAGCAAGUGACUGAUUUGUACAAUCAUCUGAAAUUAAUUUCAUGGUAUCCUUACUGUGCACAUACUGGCCAGUAACAUCCAGAUGUUCUUAGUUUAGAAAUACAGGUUAAACAGACCUGCUUGGGUUUUACCAGGUUUGAAAUAUUUCCUUAUAUUGGCUGUCCUUUGCCCAACACUGUCUACAAAGACAACGUGCUAAAAGAUUUGUACCUCUAGGUAAUGGCCAGCCCAGAAAUCUCACAAAAUUACCCAAAAUGCUAUUUUUAUGCUAGUUCUUCUUAAAAUACUUGCUAGCCUUUAUCAUAACUUGUAUCCCUUUUACUUGAUGAUAUAAGCUGGGGUUGUGACAAUCUACUGAAGUCCCCUGUGUGCAGUGUGCAGUGCUGUGUGCUGUGUCACUCUCUGUGGGUCUGGGGACACAGAGCUGAAGCCAGCACCUCCUGCCUUCCCUGACUGUGGUGCUACUGGCAGGGAGAGCCUGGCAUGGCUCUGGUGCCCCUGCAGGUUCUGUGUGAGCAGGGAUGCAGUGCCAACUUAUUCAGAAAAAGUGUGAGGACAAGGAAAUAUUCAGGAAAUGUGCUUUCCUUCUGAUAUUUGUACACUGCAGUGAUGCUGCAGGGCCUGAUGAGAACAGAUUCUGUACCAGCUUUGUGAAUGCCUGUCUGACCCCUGCAACUCAAAAGGCAGCAGCUGAACUUCAUGAAGCUCUUGUCCUCUAAAUGCAAAAACAAUUGGAGUCCAGAAGAACAAAUGGGAUAUCCCAGUACUGCUAAAAGAAAGGCAGUUCUAACCAAUGCAAACAUUCAUACAUUUCAGUUUUUAAAGUGAAUUACUCUAUGAUUAUUUGCUCAGUUUGGAAGAGACAGCUCUCCAUAAUGUGACAGUUUCACGCCAGGUCACAAGUACUGAUCAGAAUUUGCUGUCAUUAGGAAAGAACAUGAAUUUGUAAGACAUGCUGGACUGACAUGCAGUGGCUAAUGAAUUCCUUCCUGCUUUGGGAAGAUAACAGAUUAUGCCAAAGCAAAAGAAAAAAAGGUCAUUGUUUUUCUCCUUCUCUCUUUCUUCUUUUCAAUCUUUCUUUCUUCCCUUGGGAUGCAUUUGAUAUUCAUUUUUCAACUUUGAGUUUGAGGUUUUCUUCCCAGUUACCAACGUACUGUAUUGAAAUCUGGAACAUAAAACUAACAUUUUUUAAGCAAAAGGUGAUGUACAGGGAGAAAAAAAUCAGAAAGAAAAAGCACUUCAUUAUGUCACAGUAUUUACAGGAGAAAGUGUAAAAAUUACUUCUUUUCUCACAAAAACAAAACCAUUUGGGGCCUGAUUCUUCCCUAGUGUAACUGAGCCCAGCUCCCUGAGGCUGGUGGAGCUGGGCAGAGUUGUGCUGGCUGAGAAACUGAACCUUAAAAUCUUCUUUGCAGACAAGGGAACCCUUACCAGCAGUACUUGAAGACUUGUGAGUUGUGACUGCAUGUUACUUGAAAGAUCUAAUUAAGCUAUGUUUUUUGGUGCAAGCAGUUGUUGUACAUGAUUUCAUGUUUAUGUAGCAAGAUGCAUUGAAAUGUUGAUACUAGUAUUGAAACAUACAUGUAAAAAUUGUCGUUGUGGAAAUUGUCUGUUCUGUUCUAUUUUUCUUGUGUGUCUCAUCUGUUUAGAACGUAAACUUUCUUUUUUUUUUUAUUGUCCUAACUGAAUAAGGCUAAAUGAAUACUGUAAUUGAAAAUAUAUUUUAAAUCUUGUCAUGAGUUUUUAAAAAGACUAUUACAAAUUGUAUCAUUCCUGAUUACACAGAACUUUGUGGGUGGUUUUAAAUAAAUUUUAUACUUCUAUUUUG